CGCACGCGCAUGCUCACAGCGUCCCAGGAGGGACCGCCCCGUUGUCCACCCAGCCCUGAGCGCAGCAGCGGCGCGGACACCCCAGGACGUGCAGGAGUCUUGAAAGCGCCGCGCUGCGUGCGAGAUCCCGAACGCAGAGGAUCCCGUCACUGGGACGCCCCGUCUGCGCGGUGUGCGGAGCAGGGAAGUCUAUGGAGACCGAAAGUGACCAGCGGUUGCCAGGGGCGGGGGACUGGAGGGGCGAUGGCCGGCAACAGCUAAGGGCACAGGAUUCUUCCCGGGGUGAUGGAAGGUCCUGAAAGUGCCAUGGCGGUGGUUGCGGGUCUCUGAACCCCUGAAAAUGUGACUUGUGUGCUUCCAAGGGUCUGGCCUGUUUGCUGUUAGAUCGAUGCCCCCCUGGGUGCUGGCCGAUGUCUUGAUGCUCUGCAGAUGGUAUCACUGAAAACUUUUUUUAAAUAGACAAAAGGUCUGCCCUGGCAUGCUGCCCCCUGGCUGCCCCGCAGCCCCUCAUGGCCCCCUGGUCUUCGGAGACCCUCAGAUCUGCUGGGGAGCAAAGGACUAAGGGUGUUGCAGUGAGUUUGGUCGGGACCCUGGAUGAAAUCGGUUGUCGGGCAGAGUUGGAGUGCUAGGGUUUGUUGGAAACACCACUCACAGCGAGAAAGGAGACUCGCCGCAGAAGAACCCGUGGAAGUUCGUCUUUCUCCUGCACCCAGGAUGGCUUUUUAGAGCUCAGCACCAUCUCACGCUGUCAGAAUGCAGGCGGGGCAGACGCAGGUCUGCGGUCGUUGGUGUGGAAGGUCACGCAGCCAGUCGACAGCAGCAAGCGCAGACUGCUUCUUGCACCCACCACUGGAAGCCUGCUUUGCCCACCCUGUACUUAGCAGUGCUGAGCUGGCGACUUUGGGACAAAUGCUGUGAAAGCUGAAUUUGCGAAGACAGAAAACUUGAGCCUCUGUCACCAGAAGCGGUUGGAACAUUUUCGUGUGUUUUGGUGCCGGCGCUCACUUCCGGAAGGGCCAGCCUGCGCUGGUGUGCGGGGGCGCGGGGGCAGAGGUGGCAGGCGGUGUCGGCGUGUUGUUAGACCCGCCUGCCGUUCUGGGGAAAUUCGUCUUGUAGGGGAAGAAGCUGCAGUCGGGUUUUAAAAUUUUUUAUUUCCAAAUAAUUAUUGGUCCACAGGAAGUGGGAAAGAAAUGUCCGGAAGGUCACCCUUCCCGCGUCGGCCACAGCGCGGAAUCACAUGGCACGUGUGUGGUGUGCACGCGGGUGGUUCUGUGCCCUUAGCCUGGCCGCUGCCGUGCAGUCCUGUCCACGCCCAGCCCGCUUCGCCCAGAAGGUCCCAGCGAUGGGGUCGGCGAGCACCGCGGUUCCCCUGAGGGCCGUGCAGGCGCCCGGUGCACUGGCCCCGCAGGGUGGGGGUGGGGUGGGCCCUGAGCACAGCCCGUACAGGGUUUCGCAUGCAUGCUGGUUUUCACUCCGGUGGAGCAACGCCCAAGGCCACUUAGUUUUUGACAAUGUCACACGCAUGGGAGGUGAGCCUUUUUCUGUCUGAGAACCGGGCGGGCGGGCGCAAGGCUCCUGGGAAAGGUGGGGCCCCGGCCAGUCCCCCCUCCACUGCGGGCCGCGCACCCCUCCCCCUCCAGCCCCAUCCAUGGGGGCCACAGGAUCAGUGUUUUUACAAAGGAAAUACAAAAAUGCAAGAGUUUGCGUAUUAAAGAUUAUAACCCUCUUUAUGAAUACCUUGAAAUGAUUUAUUUGAAACAAAAUGUUUCGCUAUUUUACACACCCGAGAAGGGAGAAACGGUGCAGCCGGAGGGAGGCCUGGCUUUCCCAGAAAGGGCGGCCUUGGCCCGGAGGCCCCGCCCCUCGGCUGAGCAGCUCUCGGGGUGCAGGUCCUCCUGCCUCCGCUUCUCCGGGCCGAUCAGCGGCGAGCAGCCCUGAGCAUCCAGGACCCGCAACCUGUCUGUCAGGGGUCCUUGCAGCAUGACGCGGUCGGGUGGUCCCUGGCCCCACUGGGCUGGUGGUCGUUUUGCCUCCCAAACCCUCCCCCUCCGGCACCAGCCCUGGGGCUGUGAUGAAGGUUCUCCGCCCGGUUCCUCAGAACCUCUUCCUCCCGUUUUCGGUCCACUUGUCUUUGCGGGUGGAAACUUCGUGCUCAGUUAGAGGCGGGUGUGGUUCGCGCCCACUUUCAGUCCGAGGGGCUGUGUGUGAACGAAGGACGCGCACCCGCUUCUCCGAGGCCGGGUCUACGAGGGGCUCGGACGGCGCUAAAGGGUGUCUGUCUUCCUCCGUCUCCGCAGGGCACGAUGUUCGCCCGAGGGUUGAAGAGGAAGUGCUGGGACAGCGAGGAGGACGUGGAGGGCGCCCUGGCCGCACCGUCCUACAGCCUGCAGCGGCAGUCGCUCCUGGACAUGUCCCUGGUCAAGCUGCAACUGUGCCACACGCUGGUGGAGCCCAACCUCUGCCGCUCGGUCCUCAUCGCCAACACGGUCCGGCAGAUUCAGGAGGAGAUGACCCAGGACGGCGCCUGGCGGCUCCCGGCGCCCCCGGUGGCGGGGCGGGGGCCGCUAGACCACCUCGUCUCCACGGAAAUCCUGUGCCGUGCAGCUUGGGAGCAGCAGGGGCAGCGCCCUUCGCCCGACCUGCCUUCGGAGCUGCCCGGGGUCCUGGGUGCGCCGGCUCCCGGGAGCGCGCAGAGCUGCAUCUGGGAGGCGGAUAGCUCCCGCGGACACCGAGGGGGCUUUCCCAAGUCGCUGGAUCAGAUAUUCGAGACCCUGGAGAGCAGAGCCCCCAGCCCAGUGGAAGGGCUGUUUGCGGAUGCAGAUGGCCCCUACUACGACCUGGACGCUGUGCUGACAGGCAUGGUGGGCGGCAAGUCGGGCCCCGGCGGCAGCGACGGGCUCCAGGCCUUGGCCCCCGCGGGCGCCCCGCCCCCCAGCGCCAGCUGCAAGCGGGACCUGGGCGAGCUGGACCACGUGGUGGAGAUCCUGGUGGAGACCUGAGCCUGCUGCGCAGGCGUGGGGCCCCGGCCGUCCCCCGAGCGCCUCGGGCCGCUGGGCCAGCCCUGCUGCCUGGUGAUCAUAAGAACACGCGGGAACAGAGCCAUUUCCUGCAAGCUGGUCACCCUGGGGCCGGCCGGGCCCCCUCCGCUCGGAGCCCCACAGCUCCGCGGGGGACCGGCCCCCGGCUGCCUGAGCCUCCUUCAACGUUAGCUAGGUGAAUUUUUUUAAAAUUAAGUUUUAUAUGUGUUGGGCAAUAUUUUGGCUUAAGAUAUAUUUUUUAAACUUUUUAUACUUUUAUCUCUUUAGACUUUUUCAGCUAUUUUCUUAAAAAUAUAUUUUUUCUAUAAACAUCCUCUGCUGCUAAUUAGAAGCAUCUAUCACCUGAACACUGGCAGUUGGCGUGUCUGAUUGCGUAAGGUUUGCUUCUCCCGACGGCCACACCCCCAGCGCCACGUGCGCGGCCGCCCUCUCCCUGUGAGCCCAGGGGGCGGCGCGAGUCCGGAGUGGGCGCCUCCCUGGCCUUCGUCCCUGAGGGUGUGAAGCGUAGCUGGUUAGGGAUUAAUUUAUGGCUAUUUAUGUGUGAGUGUCACUGGGCGGAGGUCAGUUACCUGCCCGGUGCCCCGAGGACCAGCCCACACUUGCUCGCGGGAACUGGUGCUGGGAUGAAACAGGUGGGUGCACGUGGGCUGGUGGCCCCUCGACCGUGAGGGGGGCUGGCAGUGGGGUUGGGGGGCACCUGGCCCUGGUGACUCUGCGUGGACACCGGACACAACACCUCGUCAUCUUCGUCUCCAGCUCAUGCGGGAGGCUGCUCUCCCACGGGUCCCGUCUCUCGUGUCCUCCCUCCCUCCCUCCCGCCCGCCCUGUCACCAGAGAAGGCCCUUUCCCUUGCACGUGUGCUCGUCGCGUCAUUAAAAACCGUUCGGCACGCCGGGAGGAGUGUGACUUGUCUACCACGCCGUCCUUGAGGGGCCUUUUCCUGCUUCCACUCAGGCCCUUGUGCAGCUGGGGAAGCGGCCAGUGGGACCGAGUGGGGGCCCACGGAAGAGGGGCGCACCCCUGGAGUUGGCCGCCGGGAGGAACCGGUUGAAGGCUGGGUGGUGGGGCCUGGCGGGGCUCGUAAGGGGACUGCAGGGGACGUGCAGGGUAGGGUGUGGCCCUCAGCUCCCAGGAUUCCUCCCUUCAGAUUUUGAAAUUGUCCUUUCUAGUGGGAAAUAGGUUAAAGGGUAUGGGUCUUAGAAGCAAUAAACUUAAAUCAGUA